AUAACUAACUAGUUGAUCUCAGCUUAUGUUUCCCAUUAGCUUGAUAAUAAAGACAACUCCAAAGUAUUUAUAAAUUACAUAAUUUAAAAAUACUUGAAAAAGUCAUUUAAAAUUUGAACAAACAUACAGAGAAUAAAAAUGACGUUAAUUCGAAUGAAAAUAGCUUUCUUCUAAGAAUUUUCUCAACAAAAGAGGCGAUUUAAUGAAAUCUUUUUUUAUUUAUUCUAUUUGUUAACUGAAAAUAUAUUUCAAAUAGUUGAAGCUCACAUUUGGCAAUGUACCUACAAUUUUUUUUUGUUGAAGCAUAAAUAUGAAUGUGCAAUGGGCAUAAAUACCGUUUGUUCUUACAGGCCAUUGCGGCAAGCGUACGAUAAUAACGAAACACGCAACGUUCAGCUGUAUGCAUACCAGUGCAUAGUAUGUAUAUACAAAAACAAACGUCAAUGUCACUGCACCAUUGUUGUUGUUGUUGUCAUAUAGAAAAAUAGAAAAGUCAAAUAAUUCAUACUGUCCAAACGGCUUGUUUUGUUUUGUUUAAAUUAAAUGUCAAGUGUUAGAUUAAUAGAAUUUAAAUAUUUUUGAAAAGUGUAAUGAACAUUGUGUAAAAAUGCCAAAGUUUGAUAUUGACGGAGUGUCGGUAGAAUUUCCAUUUGUACCGUAUCAAGUACAGCGCGACUAUAUGGGAAAGGUGAUUGUAAGUCUAACGAAAGCCGAAAAUGCAGUAUUGGAGUCACCAACAGGCACCGGCAAAACUCUAAGUUUGCUAUGCGCAACACUUGCUUGGAUUGAAAAAGAAAAGGAAAACCAGCGCGGUCUAAGGUUUGUCAAAGGAACAAGUGAAAACGAAGAAGGAAUGGGAGCAACAGGAUCAGCAAGCAUUCUAGAGUUGCUAAAUAAUGUCAAUCAUUCUUUCUAUGAUGUGAACUCAAAGAAUUCUUUGGCCAAUGAACCGAAGAAAAUUCCCAAAGUGAUUUACGCUUCUCGUACUCACUCACAAAUUUUGCAAGCAAUGAAUGAACUGAAACGAAGUGCCUACAGUUACAUGAAGGCAGGUGUCAUUGCGUCUCGUGAUCAAUUGUGCAUCAAACCCGAACUGAAAGACAAGCCAAAUUCUGAUAAGAUUCACAUGUGCAGAAGCCUAGUGAAAAAAAACGAGUGUUCCUACCGCAGUCGCGUCAAUGAGAGCUUGAAUAAACCCGAUUUGCGCCAAAAUGCGAUACUUGACAUUGAAGAUCUCGGACGAAUUGGAAGGAAACUUCAGUGUUGCCCAUUUUAUGUAUCGAAAGAGAAAGUCAAACAAGCUGACAUUGUUUUUAUGCCGUACAAUUAUCUGCUUGAUCCGCAAAUACGCAAAGCCAGCCAAAUCAGCCUGAAAAAUGCAAUCAUCAUACUUGAUGAAGGACACAACGUCGAAAAGGUGUGUGAAGAAAGUGCUUCAACUCUGAUUACAUCCACACAAAUUGAUACGGCCAUUGGAAAUGCGGAAUAUGCCAUCAAUUGUUUGAACAAAUCAAAACCGGUGGACAUUGAUUUUACCAUUGAUGAUAUACGGGCUCUAAAGUCAUCGAUUCAAAGCUUGAAAAAAGAAGUUGAUAACAUUUCUAUGGUGGAAAAUGGUGUGAAUACACAUGGUGGCGGCUAUAUUUUUGCAUUGCUUGAAAAAGCCAGAAUCAACGAGAAUAAUCAUGAACUCACGAUCAGUUUGCUGGACAAAAUAAUUGGAUGUUUGGUGGAGAUGUCAGCGAAAAAGCGGAAAUAUGUUACAGGCUUACGUGCAGUCAAGGGAUUUCUGCAAACUGUCUUUUCAAGCUCAGCUCCAGAUCUAAGAAAGGAGGUGGAUCGAUGCUACAAAGUCUAUAUUGAGCGUGAGCCUCAAAAUCAACACCAACCAAGCACCUCAACAACGAAAGUAGUGCCCAAUAAAAACGCGAAAGUUGUAAAUUUUUGGUGCUUUAGCCCGAGAUUUGGGAUGCAAUAUUUGCUGGACCAAGGCAUUCGAUGUCUUAUAUUGACGAGUGGCACCUUGGCACCAUUGGAAGCGCUAAUAAGUGAAAUGGAAAUUUCGAUGCCAGUUCGGCUAAAAAAUCCGCAUAUCGUUGAGAAUUUUCAAGUUCACGUUAAGAUUGUUGGUAGAGGCCCAGACGAAGAGAUUCUUGACUCCUGUUACAAGAAUAGAGAUAAAAGGGAAUAUCUACAAUCGCUGGGCAAUACAAUUUUGGAAUUUUCGAAAUUCGUUCCCGAUGGCCUUUUAGUUUUUUUUCCGUCAUACGUACUGAUGAACAAAUCUGCAACGUUUUGGCGACAAAAUGGCAUUUGGUCAUUAAUUGACAAACAAAAACGGAUAUUUUCAGAGCCACAGACAAAAGCGGAAUUUAUCGCCGCAAUGAAAGGCUAUUACGAUACGAUCAAUAAACCUGAUAGCAAUGGAGCUAUUUUCAUGGCUGUGAUGAGAGGCAAAGUGAGUGAGGGCUUGGACUUUGCCGAUAUGUAUGGUCGAGCUGUCAUUGUUACUGGCAUCCCGUUUGCACCGGCCAAAGAUCCAAAAGUCGUAUUGAAACAACAGUAUUUGAACGAGACUAAAAGAAACAAACGGGAUAACAAAAUGCUUUCUGGAAGCGAUUGGUACGUCUUGGACUCGAUUCGAGCCAUCAAUCAAGCUAUUGGCAGAGUGAUUCGGCACAAAAACGAUUACGGUGGCAUUUUGUUUUGUGAUAAUCGAUUUCAUGAGCAAAGGAAUCAAAAUGAUAUAUCCGGUUGGAUCCAAAACCAUUUGCAUAACCAAAAUUCACGAGAAACAUUCGAUUCAAUGCUCAAAAAUGUAUCGAAAUUUUUUACUGUGGCCAAGCAAAGAUUGCCGACACCCGAAGCAAAAGUGGCUCCAGAAGAGGACAUUAAAGACAUAUUUGAAAUGAAUGCCAAUAGCAUUGAGGCGCCAAUCGACUCGGAAUCCUCUGAUUCGGAUGAAGAAGAACGUAUCGAUGAACCAUCAACGUCACAAAAUUCAAUCAGCGAUGUGAGCGAUGGGUCACAGGACCAGAAAAAUCAACGCAAAAAAAGAAAAUGUAACACUGGCACAGAUUUGGACUCAGACAACGAACAAAAUUCACCAUCAAUCGCAAAAAAUCCAUUUAUAGAAAUUAUGAAACGUAGAUUAGGCACUGCCAAGUAUCGAGAGCUCUGGAAAAUUGUUGAGAAAUAUGAUAAAGACAGCGAAUAUGGCCCAUACCGUGACUCAUUGUUCAAAAAUUUCGCAGACGAAUGCUGGACCUACGAUUUAAAAGGCAUGAUAACUUUCACCAAACCGAUGCACCGAAUGAAUUUUGAGAAUGAUGUUGAAGCACUUAUUCAAUCGCGUGAUUAGGACUCGUUAACGCUGAUUUACAAAUGAAAUUGUUAUAAUAAAAAUGGCCUAUUGGAGUGAUUUCAUGUUUGUUAAGCAUAUUUUGAUAGAAUUUCACGUAAAUUCAUCCAUGUUUUCAAGAGAUAAAGUUAAGAAAUUAAUCGUUUUUUUUUUUUCAUUUUUUGUACGUGUUUUGUUAAAAAAUGUUCAAACUGAAUGAAUUUUGUGAAGUUCUUGUCCAAUCUUCACUUGCUGUUUUCAUUUCAAUACAAUUAAGAUUCAUUCCUUUGAAAAGUUGAAAAUACAUAUUUUUAUAUUGAAUCUAUUUCAAGUAGGGUUUAAAAA